AUGGCUGCCCAAGAUCAAACCACACCUCCAACUGGCAACCCUUCCCAACUGGAAUCCGACCAGGCCACCCUCGCGCACAUCACCCAGUACCACUUAACGCGCUGCACCUCCUCGCCCAUCUACGCUUUUGUCCUCGGCGACGCCACCAAUCCGUUGAUCCGCUUCACCUCGGCCCGCAAGGGCAUCUUCACGGCGCGCCUGCGCCUUGCCCCCCAGCACCUCAACUCCAGCGGCAGCAUCCACGGGGGCGUGUCGGCGACGUUGGUGGAUUGGGCGGGCGGGCUGGCCAUUGCGGCGUGGGAUCUGCGUGGGAGUACCGGGGUCAGUGUGGAUAUCAAUAUUUCGUACCUCUCCGGGGCGAGGUUGGGGGACGAGGUCGAGGUUGAAGGGCGGGUGGAGAAGGUCGGCGGGAGUUUGGCGUUUACGGAGGUGAGGGUGUUCAAGAUCGAUGAGGCGACGGGGAGCAGGGGGGCCGUGGUUGCUACGGGGAGGCAUACCAAGUUUGUGAGGGAGAAGAAGUGA